GAUGGGAUAGAUAUGGUAAUAAAAGAGGAAUUGUUUGGGAGGAAGUGCAGCCUCACUGAGGGAGGGGCCUGCAGAGAAGAUCGAAUGCCAAAGGGAGGGGCACAUCCAGGCUUGGCAGAUGACUUUGGUCUGGCUGUGGAAAACAGCACAAAGGAAGUGACUCCACACUGACACUUUUAUCUCUCUGCUGUUUCACUCGAUUUAUUGGCCGACAUCAUGGAAAACUUCCAGAGUAUCCUGCGUUUCCUCGUGAAUCAGAAAACCACAAUCGGCUACAGUUUCAUGGCUCUGCUGACUAUAGGCGGGGAGCGGAUUUUCUCCAUGGUCUCCUUUCAGUGUCCCUGCAACCACGACCAGAACUUUGCGUAUGGCGUGACGUUUCUGCUGGGACCAGCUGCAGUGCUGCUGAUCUUUGGUAUUUUCUCCAGUACCCGCUUCUGGAGGCUCUACACUGGGUGCUGCCUCAACCCCAUGAAUUGUUACCGUCUGAAGAUUCUGGGCUGGUGCAUUAUCAUUAUCGGCGCUUUUGUAGGACUUCUGGGUACCUGCUACAAAAACUGUCGCUCCCAAGUCAGCUACCUGCAGCUUAAGUUUUGGAAAAGCUACAUGGACAAAGAAAAGGAGCGGUUUGAUGCCCUUGCUAUAGAGUACGCCACCAAACUGGCUGAGAGAAACCUGCAGAGUUUCUUUGAGAACAAGCCACCCGGUCUAUUCCCGUUUCCCAGCCACAAAGCCUGGGAGGAGAUCUCUGCAUACUACACGUUUUCCAGGAGCGAGCAGUAUUACAGCACCCUGCAGAGGUAUGUGGAGAAAGCGGAAAAUCUCCCACCAGAGAGGAGAGCCGUCAUGGACGUAGAGCACGAAAUAGAGAUGAACUAAACAGCAUUUUAUCUGGAAAAUUCAGAUGUUCAGGGAAGUAAAUAAUGAACACACUGCAUGGUGAUUGUUCCUACUCAGCACUGAUUUUACUGACAGUGCAAGUCUGACUCAGGAAAAAGCCUCCACAGCUGUCUCUUUAUGACGACGCUGCCCCCCAGUGGUUUAACCAAAGAGCACAUGAAGAGCAUAACCACUUUAAAACCAAACACACCGAUGCUGCCUACCUCUUUCAGACUUCAUGCUUUUGAGACCUUUCAUAAAUGACACUGCUGGGUAAAAUGUCUUACUUUACAUUUUGAAAUGUCUUUCAAUGCCUUGAGGCGACUUUUGUUGUGAUGUGGCGCUAUAUAAAUAAAAUUGAAUUGAAUUGAAUUUUCAGAGUAACUUGAUUAAAACACAAAAAUCAGCCGUGUGCCAUUUGAACAUUAACAGCUGUAAAUAUAGUGUAUUAUCUGUAAGUGAGAGGAGAAGAAGAGGCCACAGGAGGUUUUUGGGUGCAGUGAAGGAUUCCUGCUAUAGAAGAGGGUGCAGGCUGUAGGCAGACCAACCCUGACAAGAGCUGCUGAAUGAAGUAUUGCACUAAACUGCAACAACAGCCCUCUGAAGACACGUGCACUGAGGUCUCUGAAGCUGAGGUGUCCCCAGCUUCAGAGUUGCUCUCCCAGACCACAGCAGAAACUCUCCAUCAUGGAUCUCAGAAAAAGCUUCUCGUGUGCAGCCUCUGUUGGUCUCAGCUUGUUGUCAGCGUGGACGCACAGGUACGUGUUCUGGCACCACAUCAACGUCCACGAUAGACGUGGAGCUUUCACCGUCAUCCACGAGCGCUCUGCACGCCUCCUCCUUCACCUCAGUGACACACGUUUGGUUUUAUA